GGAAAACUAUCGCCGCGAGGCACAUCGCUAAUUUGGGUGUGUAUCCACAUUUAUUCGUCAACUUUGCUCGAUUUUGGCCCGUUGCAUUCGAGAAUAAAAAAAAACAUAUAAAUCGGAGCUGCCAGCCAUUAAGAUCCAUCCAAACCAGUAUACCCAGAAUCAUACGAUAAGAUAAGCCAAAGACCAAGCCCUUCGGCGAAGCCACACAAGCACUAGCAACCACCAAGCACACCACCCCAAAUCCACUAUCCUGUAAUUGCAUUUCCCAGUAUCCGUAACACUGAGAACCUUUUCAACCAUAGGCCUAUCCGAGACAGCCAUCAUGGACGUAAUGUCAUCAUCCCUGCAGCAGCAGCGCGUUGUGGUGGAGCAGCUGCGUCGCGAGGCGGCUAUCGACCGCCAGACGAUCUCGGAGUCUUGCGCCAAGAUGAUGAAGUACAUCACGGAGCACGAGCAGGAGGACUACCUGCUCACCGGGUUCACCAGCCAGAAGGUGAAUCCCUUCCGCGAGAAGUCGUCGUGCACCGUCCUCUAAGGAGGCGGAGCCGGCGGAAGGUCCGCCGUUGCCGAGGAGUCAGCGAUCGCCGGCGGACGUUUAGUUUAUUUUUAGUUUAGCAAGAUGGAUUAGGACGCAAACGUGUGCAGUACUUCUCCAGUACCAGUCAACGUCACCUGGAACAAUAUAUAUACGUGUGCAAAAGCCACAAAAACUACGAUUGUCAUAAGCAAUAUCAUUACAAGAAGUUUGAAUUCCAAUUCCAUUUGCGAGGAAUAUAUAUAUAUUUAAAUCGAUAUAUCAAUGUGUACCAGCCACGUUAACAAGUAAUGUCCGAGACCAGAAACCCAAACUCAAUGUCAAAUCUGAAUCUAUAUCUAAAUCUAAAUCGAAGCAUUUGUUCCAAAGAUAUCAGAGUUGUUUCCUUCCCGAUGAGUAACGCCGUUUAUGUACACGAAUAUCCCAACUAUAACGACAAUUAAUGCGCUGACUAUAGCAUCUACUACUCUACCUAAACCGAAACAUCUAUAUAUACAAAACUAUCAAUUUAGUCAGACAUACAAAUUUAUCAAUAAACGUUAACUCAGUCGAAACGGAAA